GUUGAAAUUGAAUCCAUGGUUUGGGUCUUCGUUCUCCAUAAUUUCACUCCAAGUGGAAUCAAUGACAAAGCCUAACAUGAUUUGUAUAUAAUGAGGAGGCCUUACUUAUCUUUCUGAUGCCCAAUUCUUUCUGAUUUUACUUGUCACAAGAUGCAAUGCUGUCUGCCUGUAGAAGUAGAGGGAUUUCUCCAAUAGCAACAAUGCUUGAAAGCUUGAAACUGACCUGGAAGGAAAUGGAAACUCAAGUGUUCUUGCUUAACCGCGUGGCUAGAAUUUGGUGGUCAUGGAAAUUGUUGAUGGAGUAGCAAGAGAGUUCCAGGCAAUUGCAAGGAACAAAACUUUGCUUAUACUUGUUAAGUUGACCCAGAAGGCUUUCACAUUGGCGCUGACUUCAUAUAUUACUUCAGUACCCUUGUCUUAAGAAUCACUUUAUAAGAGGACGCUUUAGGGCUGUUGUUUUUAUGCCUCUUUGCCUUCUCUACUCGUUUAGCUCUGGAUUUUCAGAUUCCUACAAGACAGUUGUUACUGCUUCCUGUUGAGAAGACAUGGUGGAUGCUGUGGUCACUGUGUUUUUGGAAAGGCUACUGAACACUCUUGUAGAAGAAGGACGUGUAGUAAAUGAAUUCCGGGACCAGUUUGAGAAAUUGCAGGAUGAGCUGCAAUUAAUGCAAUGCUUCCUCAAAGAUGCAGAUAAACAGAAGAGGAAGAAUCAAACUCUGCAUGGGAUCAUGGCCAAAUUGCGCGAGCUUAUUUAUGAAUCUGAAGAUAUACUAGCAGACUGCCAACUUCAAUCAAGGGAGGAUAAUCAAUUUUCAAAUGGAUGCUUAGCACGUAUCUAUCCUCCAAAUCUUCAUUUUCAAAAUCAAACUGGAAAGCGGCUCAGGAAAAUCAAUGAAAAAAUCAGAGACAUUAAGCAAAGCAUCAUGUCUUAUCUUGGUCCUUCAAUUACUAAUGAUAUGGGGAGAAUAGAUGCAUGCAAUGACCAAAUGCUUAGAUGGAGCUCUCCUGUCUAUGACCACACCCAAGUGGUUGGGCUGGAGGAUGACACGAAAAAGAUUAAAGAUUGGCUUUAUAAUGCAGAUGUGGGCAUACUAAAAAUUGGCAUUGUUGGUAUGGGUGGAUUAGGUAAGACCACAAUUGCUCAAAUGGUCUUCAAUGAUAGAGAAAUAGAGGACAGGUUUGAGAGAAGAAUGUGGAUAUCUGUUUCUCAAUCAUUUAAUGAAGAACAAAUCAUGAGAAGUAUGCUGAGAACCUUGGGAGAUGCAAGUGUAGGAGAUGAUCGAGGUGAAUUGUUGAGGAAAAUAAACCAGUACCUUUUAGGUAAGAGGUACUUGAUUGUGAUGGAUGAUGUAUGGAGUUUAGAUGGCAAUUGGUGGAGCAGAAUCUCUGAAGGGCUGCCCAAGGGUAAUGGAAGUAGUGUUAUCAUCACUACAAGACUCGUGGAAGUCUUAACAAAGAUGGAAGUGAGUGAAGCCAGGAUGCAUCAGCCCGAUAUCCUCAACGGCAAUAAUAGCUGGUUGCUAUUUAGAAAGAUAGCGUUUGCAGCAAGUGGAGGUGAAUGCACAAAACCUGAGUUAGAAAAGAUUGGUAAGGAGAUUGUGCAAAAAUGUAAUGGUCUUCCCUUAGCAAUCAAAGCAAUUGGAGGAAUGUUGCUCUAUAAAUCACAUUAUCAUGAGUGGAAACGAAUUGCAGACAACUUUCGAGAUGAAUUAGGAGAAAAGGAUGACACGGUAAUGCCCUCACUUCAAUUGAGUUAUGAUGAGCUCCCCCCAUACCUGAAGUCUUGCUUCUUGAGUUUCUCUCUAUAUCCAGAGGAUUGUGUUGUGACAAAAGAGCAAUUGGUCCAUUGGUGGAUUGGAGAGGGAUUUGUACCGCUAAGAAGUGGAAGACCAUCAACUGAAGCUGGGGAAGAUUGUUUCUCGGGGUUAACAAAUCGAUGUUUGGUAGAAGUUGUUGAAAAGACUUACAAUGGAACUAUCCUCACCUGCAAGAUUCAUGAUAUGGUUCGUGAAUUGGUUAUCAAAAUGGCUGAAAAUGAUGCAUUCUUUAAAGUUACUGGUAGAGGCUGCCGCCAUUUUGGAAUUGACACCAAAAUGGAUCCAAAGCAACUUGCUGCCAAUCACAAGUUACGAGCAUUGUUGUCCACGACCAAGACCAAUGAAGUGAACAAGAUAUCAUCAAGCAUUGCAAACAAGUUCAGUGAGUGCAAAUACUUGCGAGUCUUAGAUCUUUGCAAAUCAAUUUUCGAAAUGUCUCUCACAAGUCUAUUGUCUCAUAUUGGUUGCCUUCAGCACUUGACAUACCUUAGCUUAAGCAACACCCAUCCUUUGAUUCAACUCCCACCUUCACUUGAGAACCUUAAAAACCUUGAGAUAUUGAACGUGAGUUAUAGUCAAAAUCUGAAAGUAUUGCCUCCUUAUCUCACAAAAUUCAAGAAACUCAGGGUCUUAGAUGUUAGUCACUGUGGCUCACUUGAAUACUUACCUAAAGGCAUAGAAAGGCUUUCAAAUCUUGAAGUUCUUUUGGGAUUUAGACCUGCCAGAGCACGCCAGUUAGACGGAUGUCGGAUUGCAGAGUUGAGAAGUUUGAGUCGACUUAGGAAACUUGGUCUACACCUAGUUUGGGAUGAUGAGAUUGGAGAUAGUGAGGUCAGUGCUUUGGUAAACCUUCAACAACUUCAAUUCCUAACAAUAAGUUGCUUUGAUAGCCAUGGUAGUGGUCUUGUAGAUAAACUUGAUAAACUCUACCCUCCACCGGAGCUCCAUGAGCUCUGUCUCCAAUUUUAUCCGGGGAAGCUAAGUCCUGCCUGGCUCAAUCCCAUUUCACUUCAUAUGUUAAGAUAUCUCUGGAUAUCCUCUGGAAAUCUUGCUACGAUGCAUGAAGCCUUUUUUGGAGAGAAUAAUAGUGCAUGGAAAAUUGAGGGAUUGAUGUUGGAAUCUCUCUCAGAUUUAGAAAUGGAGUGGAAAAUGGUGCAACAAGUGAUGCCAUCUCUGAAAAUUGUAAAUGCAAGUUGGUGUCCAAAUUUGGUGUCUUUCCCCAUUGAAGAUGUUGGGUUUAGAGGGGGGGUUUGGGCAAAGGGUGAAAACCGGAGGUAAUAUUGUAAAACCAAUGCAAGUUGUAACAGUACACCAUGCAUCAAACUAUCACUAUGUGUUUUAUCCAUGUGAGGUUGAUUAUUCUUGAUUUUUCCUUGUAAUUCUUUAUGUAGUAAAAUAUAUCCACACUAGCCAUUGUGUGUUUCCA